AUGCGUUUCUCUACCGUAUUUGCGGCCAUUCUCGUGGCUGGAGCCGCAGCCCAUCCUGGCCACGACCUCAGCGAAGAGAUUGCUGAACGACGCGCUUUCAAGCGUGUCACACGCCGCCAUGGCCUCAGCCACUGUGCUGCCAAGCUGGAGGCUCGUGGAAUUGAAAAGCGCAACCUGAUGCGCCGUGCUGCCGUUGCCAACCUGAAGAAGCGCGACUUGGAGACGGAUCUCGCUACGGAUCACAACAACACUUCGAAUGGUUACAGCAUUUGUUCCCCUGCCAGCUCCCUUUUUGCCAGCAACAAUUCUUGUAUCUUGACCCCGGAGGUCACCAAUGGUCCUUACUAUGUCUCCGGCGAGUAUGUUCGCCGAGACAUUGGUGAGGAGCAGACCGGUGUCGCCAUCACUCUCGACUACCAAGUCGUCGACGUUGACACCUGCGAGCCUGUUCCCAACGUGUUUGUUGAGAUCUGGCACUGCAAUGCUACCGGAGUUUAUUCCGGAGUUGGCGGUGGUCAAGGUGGUCUUGACACCACCUGGCUCCGUGGCCUUCAGGAAACAGAUGAGGAUGGUGUUGUACAAUUUGAGAGCAUUUUCCCUGGUCAUUACACUGGCCGCGCCACCCACAUUCACGUUAUGGUCCACGCAAACGCUACUCUUUUAUCCAACAACACCAUCGGUCACGACAACACCGCCAUGCACGUCGAGGCUACAUCGCCCUACACUCUCAACGAACAGGAGUUGACUGAGAACGCCGACGAUGAUAUUCUUGCAGAGGAGGCUAGCACUGAUGGUGUCGAUCCAUUGAUGUCAUACACGCUUCUCGAAUCAUUUGUUUCUUACGGCCUCUUCGCUUGGCUAUCCUUCGGCGUCAACACAACAUAUGCCAACCAGGCGGGAGCUGCUGCACUCUACUACGAGGGUGGAGGUGUUGCUAACGAAGACGGUCCUCCCGCCCAAGGUCCUGAGUGA